AUGUAUCACUCCGAUAUUUCAUCAGCUUGUGGCUCCCAAGGCAAGGCGGCUGCUGUGACUGCACUCAUGUCAGAUAUAAGUGGAGAAUCUGACUGCUCGAGUCCGCGCGUCGGAGCUUCAGGCCCGAUAGCAGUUGUUGCACUCAUCGAACAAGCCGGUAUGGCACAAUCGAUCUCCAGCAACGGCCUAACCGGAAGUUUAACCCGGCCCAGACUGGCCGUGAAACGAGCGCGCGAUCCCCCCCGAAACGCAGGCGGUCAGAUAUACUGCGAUCAUCCAGAAUGCCGCGAGAAUGCCCCCGUAUUUCGGAGGCCAUGCGAAUGGAACAAGCACAUGGACAAACACGACAGACCAUAUAAAUGCUCUAAUCCGGACUGCGCAAAAUUGCCUGGAUUUACGUAUUCCGGUGGAUUGUUGCGCCAUCAGCGGGAAGUGCAUGGAAUGCACACGCCGCAGAAGCGGCUCAUGUGUCCCUUCGCCGACUGCAAUCGCAGUUCCGGGAAGGGAUUUACACGACAAGAAAACUUGAACGAACAUCUCCGACGGCUACAUCGGGGGUCUCAAGACCUUACCGUGCCUCCUACGCCAACAAGCCCUCCUAACUCAGCAAAAUCGCUGGAAAAUGGGCGCCUUUCCGCGCUCCCGAUUCACUCAGCCAUGAAGAGGAAGCGAACAUCGAGCGAAUCCGAACACGGCUCGGAAGACAGCGGGUCUAAUAUUCAGGCGUUGCGCGAUGAAGUGGUGCGCCUGAGAUCCGAAAUACAACAGAAAGAUUCCCGACUUGACGAACUCGAGAGAGUUGUGAAGGAGUUACGCCAGACGAUUAAGCGUGAUUGA